ACUCGUUUUCUAUCCAAUUCAUCAUCCCCGAAGAUCGAUAGAAUUGAAAUAUUCCGAUACAGACAAGAUGCCGCCUGAAGCACCCUGCGCUAACCCGCUCCUCCUCUCUUGGGUGCAGGAAUGGGUGGAAAAGGCCCGAGACCACAAUUCCAAGGGCUUGUUGACGUAUAAGAAGGCAUAUGACGCUCUCAAGGCAUGUCCGGUUACCUUUCAGCAUCCCUGUCAAUUGCAACAAUUAAAGGGAUUUGGUCAGACGUUAUGCACUCGCUUGACGGAAAAGAUGCAGAAGCAUUGCGCAGAGAACGGAUUGCCUAUGCCGAAACGUCCCAGGCGAAUAAAUAUUCCCGGCUUAGGCGGCCAAGACGAUGACGAUGAAGAAGGUGAAGAAAGGCCAGUAAAGAGGCAGAGAAAGUCAAAGCCUUACGUACCAACUCUCCGGUCUGGCCCUUAUGCCAUAAUUAUGGGUUUGGCAACACUAGAAGAAGGCUCGCACCAGGGAAUGACGAAACAACGUCUGAUUGAGGUAGCACAGCCCCAUUGCGAUGCCUCUUUUACUGCUCCUCCCGAUCCCAAGAGUUUCUAUACAGCUUGGAACUCUAUGAAAACUCUUCUUGAAAAGGACAUCGUCUAUGAACGACGAAGCGGGCCAACGCGAAGGUAUCAUUUAACCGAGGACGGGUGGGAAGUAGCACGACGAAUCCAACACACAUUGGAUCCUAGCCUACCAAGGCCGGCUCCCCCAAGAGCGGAAUCUGUACCUGAAGAGAUCGAACAACCCCCUCGCCCUGUAAAUCGAUCUCCUUCCGUAGAAAUCGACGAGCCACCUAAGCAAGCCUCGAGCUAUGUAGACGUCGUCACUAAUGGCAAUACAUCUUCCGGUAGUUCAGAAAUACCACACUUCCGGCCAAUUCGCCUCGCACCUGGGUCUUUCGAAGUCCAACUAGUACUAGAUGUUCGUGAGGUCCGGGCAAAGACCGAUAGAGACUACAUGCAAAACGAGUUGUCAAAGAAGGGUGUCAAUCCAGUAAUGCGCUCACUCGAACUUGGUGACGCCCUCUGGGUUGCCAAAUGUAAAGACCCAAACUUUCUAUCUCGAACUGGCGCCGAGGGAGAUGAAGUCGUGCUUGAUUAUGUCAUUGAGAGAAAAAGACUCGAUGAUUUGAUUAGCAGUGUCAAAGAUGGCCGUUUCCACGAGCAGAAGUUUCGGCUGAAACGGUCUGGCAUCAAGAAUGUUGUCUACAUCAUCGAGGAAGUUUCAAUGGAUUCGGAGACUUUAGAUAGGCGCGCAGAAAUGGUACAGUCUGCUAUUGGAUCGACGCAGGUUGUCAACGGCUUCUUCGUAAAGAAGACGCAGAAGAUGGACGACACCAUUCGAUACCUUACCCGAAUGACCAUGUUGCUGAAGAAGCAGUAUGAGAGCAAACCUCUACUUGUCAUUCCUACUGAUAUCCUUACUGCUCAGAAUUACCUCCCACUAUUAGAGCAUCUCCGAGAAAAAGAGCCUACGACGGGUCAUUAUAUCAGCUAUCCGGCAUUUGCGUCACUAGCAUCCAAGUCCGACAUGAUGACACUGCGGGACGUAUACCUGAAGAUGCUGAUGUGUACCAGGCAGGUCUCGUGGGAGAAGGCCUUGGAGAUCCAGAAGAGAUGGAAGACGCCGAAUGAGUUCGCAAAGGCAUUCGAAGAGUGCGGUGGUGGAGAACAAGGGAAAAAGCGGAAACGAGAAUUGGUCUCUGACCAUAUGGGAAAUCUGUACGGGCGCAAGAAGAUUACCAAGCCACUCAGCAUGAAGAUUGCAGAAAUCUGGGCUGACGGUGUCGAGGGCUAAUGUCUCGAGACAGAAUUACGAAAGGGAAACCUCUGGCAUUGACACCUGUUAGCGAAGCCGUAGGGCCAGUCUAACUAUCCCAAUAUGAACAAAAUGGAUUAACGAGCCGAUUCGAUCGUAAUGGACGUCUUAUCUUAGUAAACUGUUGCUCCUUUUUGUAUAUUCCUGCGACUCGUAAGGCAUACCAC